AUGUGUGCAUGUGUUGAUCAGGUUGAGCAGAGUGUUGAUGUGGUUGAUGAUGGAAAACCACUGUGUCCAGGGAUAAGAGAGUUUGUGAAAGAGCUUUUAGGGCAAGGUGAGAAAAGAGAGGAAGCAGCUGCUCUUUUAUAUGGACUUCAGAAGGCUCUGUCUGAUGAGAGCAGGACAUAUGAAAGUUUGGAUGAGUUGUUCAAGGAGUUUCAUAUAGAUCAAGCACAGUUUGAGGCUGCAUAUAAACUGGUUGGUCGUAAGAAACACAUUGUGUUGAAAAGGGAAGUGAAUGAAAUCUGGGUGAAUCAGUACAACAAAGAACUUUUAAAAUGUUGGAAUGCUAAUAUGGACAUCCAGUACGAUGUUGAUGCAUAUGCAUGUGUAGUUUACAUAAUUUCAUAUAUUUCAAAGUCUGAAAGAGAGAUGGGAUUGUUGCUUGGGAAUGCUAAAAGAGAAGCUGCUAAAGAAGGAAAUGUCAGUGCAAAGGAGGCAUUGAAAAGUCUAGGGAGUGUUUAUCUCCACAACAGAGAUGUUUGUGCUCAGGAAGCGGUGUAUAGGUUGUCAAAUAUGCAUCUGAAGGAGUGUUCUAGGGCAGUUGUAUUUAUACCAACGGGGGACAACAUUGUGAAAAUGAGUUUACCCUUAAGGGAGUUGAGGCAAAAGGCAGCAUCACGUGAUCUUACAACGGAAGACAUGUGGAUGACUAGUUUAGUUGAUCGGUAUAAGAGUAGGCCAGAGGAUGGCACGUUUAAUGACAUGUGUAUUGCAACGUUUGCCUCGGAAUACCGUGUCCUCUCAAAAUCCGAGAACUGCAAGAACGCGAUUAAGUUAGGAAACGGUUGUGGUUUUGUGACAAAACGAACACGAACACAACCUGCAGUUGUUCGUUAUGCUCGCUUUUCGGAGGAUAAAUAUCCGGAAGCCUUUUGCAAGAGUAUUUUGCAGUUGUUUCUUCCUUAUCGUGUGGAUGAGCAGCUUAGACCUCCGAGCUUUGAGAAAUUUCAGCAGUUUUACGAGAAUGGUCACGUCAGGCUUAGUGAUGGAUCAAUGCAUUCCGUCAAGGAUGUAGUUGAUGUAAAUCGAGGUUUGUUUGAAAUAGAAGCCGAUGAAUUGGAUAAGAUCGAGGACAUCAUUGAUUCAGAGGGCUUAUUUGAAGAUGCCUGGUGUGAGUUGUGUCCAGAGAAAGAGUUGGAGCGUUUAGAGUGCGAGGAGGAAUUGAAAGAUAGGGAACCGGUGGAACAACACGAGGUAGACCCUCCAGGUGAGGGAAAUGUUCCAGAUUUAGCAGCUAUUGGCGAACCGGUUGCACAGGUUGCAAAUUUAGAAAAAAAGAAUAACGGGUAGAAGUGACGGUUUGGCUUUAAUUAGGUCUUUGAACGAGAUCCAGUUGUCUGUUUUUUAUCAGGUCCGGCAAUGGUGUUUGGAGAAGGUAGCGGGUAAAAAACCUGAUGCGUUGCACAUGUUUCUAACAGGUGGUGCAGGCACAGGAAAGAGCCAUUUAAUUAAGGCUAUUCAAUAUGAAGCCACAAGGUUAUUGUCAACAAUGUGUCGUAAUCCUGACAACAUUUGUGUAGAGUUAACGGCUCCUACAGGGAUUGCUGCAUACAAUUUGCAUGCAGCAACAAUUCACAACACAUUCGGCAUAGGGAUAGAUGUCCGGUUACCGUACACCCCAUUGGGUGAAGAAAGGCUGAGUACUUUGCGUGCGAAAUAUAGUGAUCUGCAGCUUGUGAUAAUUGAUGAAAUAUCCAUGGUUGAUCACAAGCUGUUUGCGUACGUUCACGGUAGACUGAGACAGAUUAAACAGGUUGGUGACUUGUCCCCAUUUGGAAAUGUGAGUGUAAUUGCGGUGGGAGAUUUUUUUCAAUUGCCUCCGGUGAAAGGCAAGGCCCUGUAUGUGGAAGACGAAUGCUGCAACUUGUGGUCUAGUCUGUUUAAGAUUGUCGAACUAAAGGAAAUUGUUAGGCAAAAGGAUAGUGUUUGCAGACCUGUUGAACAGGUUAAGAAGUCGAUCAAAAGGGACCCCAAUGUUAGACAGGGACGUGGAAAUUUUGAAAAGUUGCGAAACCGGUGAAGCGAGCUUGGCCUUACACAUUUAUCCUACAAAUAAACAGGUAAACAAGCACAAUUCGGAGCAGCUCUUUGAGACGUGUCCUGACCAUGUGGCAAUAGAUGCCCACGAUUUUGUUAAUAAUAAGACAAUGGGGAAACUAGAAUUAAAAAGUGGACAGCAGGCCAAAGCUGAUAGGACAAGUUUGGUAGAGCGGCUAUUGUUGGCUAAAAAUGCUCGUCAUCUUGUGCAAGAACGUGGACGUUAAAGAUGGACUGGUGAAUGGGGUAUGUGGCACAGUGACCCAUAUAGUUGUUUCAGAAAAGAAGGAAUUUCCGGAAAAGGUGUACGUUAGGUUUGAUGACGAUCGGGUAGGCGCGCAGAGGAGGAAACAUUGUGCCAGUGUUUGUGCAGAUGCAGAGAGUUGUGUUGCUAUUGAACCAGAGGAAGAAAGGGCCACAAAAAAAGGUGGAAUGCGAUGGCAAUUUCCCCUUAAGCUGGCUUGGGCCUGUACUGUGCAUAAAGUGCAAGGCAGUAGUGUAGAUAGGGCUGUGGUCUGUCUGAAAAAGACGUUUUCACCAGGACAGGCGUACGUUGCACUAAGUCGUGUGAGAAGUUUGGCUGGAUUGGUGAUUGAAGAAUUCGAGGAAGAAACUAUCUAUUGUAAUGACCAAAUUAAGGAUGCCCUUCAGUGUAUGCCCCCGUUGUUGAUGCAAAAUUUAACAAGGCCCAAAUUGAAUACACAUAGCUUUAAUUUGUAUUUGAUGAAUGUCCAAAGUCUGACUAGACAUGUAGCAGAUUUGGCAUUGUGUACACAGCAAUUGCAGCUUAACUGUAUUGCUGUUACAGAGACAUGGCUACCAGGCAGUUUGUCAUUGGAAACCGUAAAGAUGGAUGGUUAUAUUUUUCACAGUAGUCCACGUAGUUUAUCAUACAGUAGCAAGCACCCAGCAUUGUUAACAUUACAAGGGCAAGAACAUGGUGGAGUUGGUUUGUAUAUUGCUGAUAAUGUGGCAUAUGAUAUUAUCAAACUACCAAAUUUGAAUUUAGAAUGUUUGAUUUGGAACUGCGUUACCCCUAAAAUAUGUGUACGUUAAAACGUCACAGUAUGACGUAGAGGCAAUAGUGGUGCCAACCUAUUUUAGUGAUCACGAGGGCAUUGUAUGUAGUCUGACAGUUCAUGAUGGAGAUGAACAAUAAUUGGUUACCCUCAGCAUUGAAGUUAGGACUUGUUGUGAUGUGAGCACCCAGAUAAAUGACGUGUGUGUGUGUUUGUAUUAGUCAAUGCUUGAAAAUAUGUUGUGCUGAAUUGACCUUUUUUCCCCCAGUUUGAGUUGCAGGUUCUGGCUGCUGAUUCAACUGGACACUGAUGGCACCUCCUUGAAGCGUUAGUUUUAAAAGGGACAUAUAUAAUAAGAGAGUAGGAUAUAUAAUAUAAUAAGUUAUUUAUAGCUGUGUAUGAUAAUGGAUUGACAACUUGGUAAGUUAUUUAUAGCAGUGUAGAAUCGUGUUUUGAGAACUUGGUAAGUUAUUUAUAGCUGUGUACAAUCAUGUAUUGACCAUGUGUCAAUUUAUCUAUAGCUGUGUAGAAUGAUGUAUUGACAACUUGUUAAGUUAUUUAUAGCAGUGUAGAAUUGUGUACUGAGAACUUGGUAAGUUAUUUAUAGCAUUGUAGAAAAUGGUGUCUUUAUCUGCAUUAGAAACAGCUUUUAUCCGAGUUAUGUAUUGAUCAAAUUUAUUAAUGUUUAAUAAACAUAGCAGUUGAUUAGAACUGCAAGUUUCGGCAUAAUAGAAAUACCUCCCACUCGUAAGCUGUUGCUAAUGCAGGGCUUGCUUUUCCCAAGUAGCCGCAAAAAGCAAAGGCACUGGUAAUGGCUACUCCUGGUUUUACCAAGGAUGGGGUUUGAUUCCCUGCGGUGCCGUGCUGAUUGUUUGGCUUUUAAAUGAAAGGCUGUUUCAUUUCACUCAAUGAAUUGUCUGUAACAAUGAUCACUAACUUCCCAAAUUUGGUAAGACUAGUAGAUAUAACGGAUCAUGCUGAAGAUAAACAAUUUGUAACCUUUAGCAUUGAACUUAGUUACAUGUUGGGUACAUGUUAAGACCCUGAUUGAGUGCGUUUUAAUAUUUGUAAUGCUAGAAAAGUUUUUGUGCUGUUUUUCCUCAGUGCUUGAGGGCAGUGCUGUUCACCCUAUUGACCUCAGUAUUUUUUUCCCAGUAUGUUGAGUUGCAGGUGGUGGCUGGUGAUCCAACUGGAGACUCUUACUCUUCAAAAUGGAAGCUUUAGUUUCUAUUUAGGGGCAUAUUUCUAUGGAAACAGUUGUGGACCAACUGUCAUAGACAAAGCAUGUAUGGACAAUGACUAAUGUUAUUUCCCUGCAUUAGAAACAGCUUGUAUCCAAACUUUGUAUUGGCAAAAUGUAUAACCCUCCCGCUUGCCACGCGUGUAAUUUUCAGAGGCCCUCUGGGUCUUUCGGACCCCCGGACACCCCCCGGAGCCUCCGGGCUUCUCUGACCCAAACCCCGGGGUUGGACAAACCGCCCCGGAGCCUCGGGGUCAGGGCUUCUCUGACCCCAACCCACGAGUCGGACAAACCGCCCCGGAGCCUCGGGGUCGGGGCUUCUC